GACAGCCCUGCCCAGACCCUGCGCCGUCCGUCGCUCGCAAGAGCCCGCUAGUGCGGCCAGCGUUGGCUGCUUCCGGCCGCUCCCCAGUGAGGCUGCGCGCUGAGGCUGGCAUGCCGAAUGGCUGGGGCGCCUGCCGCUGCUCAUCCUAGCGACCGCAGACGGACAGAUUCAAGCCGGGGGGAAAGCUGAUCCGCUCCCUGCUGCUGCUGUCACAGGAGCUCCGCAGCGCCAUGGUCUCCUGGAUCAUCUCCAGGCUAGUGGUGCUUAUAUUUGGCACUCUUUACCCUGCGUAUUACUCUUACAAAGCUGUAAAAUCAAAGGAUAUUAAAGAAUAUGUAAAAUGGAUGAUGUAUUGGAUCAUAUUUGCACUCUUCACAACAGCAGAGACAUUCACAGACAUUUUUCUUUGCUGGUUUCCAUUUUAUUAUGAACUCAAAAUAGCUUUUGUAGCAUGGUUGUUGUCUCCCUACACAAAGGGCUCCAGCCUCCUAUAUAGGAAAUUCGUACAUCCAACACUGUCUUCGAAAGAAAAGGAAAUAGAUGACUGCCUAGUCCAAGCAAAAGAUCGAAGCUAUGAUGCCCUGGUGCAUUUUGGGAAGCGGGGGCUAAAUGUUGCAGCCACAGCUGCAGUGAUGGCAGCUUCCAAGGGUCAGGGAGCUCUAUCAGAGAGGCUCCGGAGCUUCAGCAUGCAAGAUCUCACAACAAUUAGAGGAGAGAGCAGCAGCACUAUGACGCCACCUCCUCCAGCCCCAUCAGUUUCUGUGCGAACAAGUAGCAAGCUGAGUCAGCCUAAGACAUCCAAAAGUGCAUCUGAAAGCACUGGACGCUCAGUGUGUGCACGUUGUUCGGUUUCCCGAAUUGUCCGAGUGGUUGAACUAGAGGUAGAGGCAGAGAGUGAAAAGCCACCUGAGGCAAACUAUGAACCAACUGAAGUUGUGUUCUCAGAUGAUCAAGAAAACAGCUCAUUGGAUGGCACAUCCAAGACUAAAACACCUAAAAAGAAGGAUCCCAUCAUUGAGGCACCGCCUAGGAGCCUUAGACCUCGUUUCAGGAAAAAAAAGUACCUCAUCUUUGACCACUGAAACCAUGUGAGUGUGAUGAGCCAUUAGCACCGAGAUCCACGGAAUGUCUCUCUUCUGCCUUAAAAGAUCUACUCCGUUAAUAAUGUAGGGGGAAAAACAGUGGUGAGAUGGAUGUGCUUUUGAUAUUGCAACAUUGUAAACAUGGCCUUUCUCGCUUCCCUUUCCAUAUGUUGUUGGUUCACUGACUGUUUAUGUGGCAUUGCAACCUAGCAGGCAAAAGCAAUGGUUCUUGCUACCCCUUGGAUUUCUUUCAGCUGUAUUAGUGCAGUUGUACAUUUGUAAUUAUUAGUUACAUCAGCUUAGUUUUAGCUCUGUGAAUGCAACCAGGAAAAUAGUUAUUAAUCUGUUCUAAAUAUUUGGAACCAUCAUAUUUAUUUGGGGCAUCAUAAUGUAUAGAGUGGCAGGGGCCACAGAUUUUUCUACCCAAGCUCUCUCCAUCUUAUCUUUAUAACAAAACUGUGAAUAUAUUACAAAUCAUGAAUUUUUUUGAUUGUACGGCUAUUAGACUUCAUAGCUAUUUUUGAGCUAAAACACCUUUUUUCUGUAACAUUUAUUGUAAGUCAUAUACUAUGUGUACUUCGGGGGGAAAGGAGCCAGAGUACUUUAGAGAUGAAGAAACUCUCUCAUACACACUAUACACACACACACACACACACGUUAUCACAAGAUAUGGCAGGAGAGGCAUCUUUGUUUUGAUGACAGAGAAUAAUUGAUUAAGGCUGACAUCAUAAGCAUGACCCUGAAAGAAAGUCAUGGUGAAAUCAAUCAGGCUUUGCAUUCAGUUGGACUUUGUAUACAGGAUUAGGACUGCAUUGUUAAGUAUAUUGAGUAUAAAAUGAAAGAAGCUAGAAUAAUCUUAUGAGUCUUGGUCAACUUAAUGGACAGUUAUACAACAUAUCCAUAACAUGUAGUGAUAAUGAAUGCUAGGAUGUCAGCCAGAAUCACAUUAGCAAUAUAUAGAUUGUUCUGUGUGCAAGCCAACCUUGUCUAUCCAUAGGAUUUUAAUCUUAACAUUUUCCCACCAUGGAUGUAGGCAUUUUUUCAAAGGGUAAUAGAAGACUAUAAGUGAAUCCCCUAUGUAAUGCAAAGAUUUUGGCUGUAGUUAGCUUCUGGUAUAGAUCACAAUAGUCUGUAGAUGCAACAGUGCAUUUAUAACUACAGAGAGUUACAAAAUGAGGAAAAAGUUACUAGAACUUGUGUAUUUGUGCUUCAGAUUGGUGUCUCCUGUAAGUGUUAAGCAUGUGAAAUUUAGAAGUUAAUUCUGUAGACAUUUGUGUUUGCUCUACGUGGAUCUGUCUUGUUAAUUAGAAAAUGUAACAUUGUAGGACAUAAAGAUCUUGCCACUGAGAUCAGAUGGGUAAAUAACAAACGAUACUACUGACCUCCUUCAUAUGUAGCAGGGACUUAGGUGGCUGUGUUUUAGGCUCCAAGAUUAGCAUCAUGAAAUGUCUUUUAAAUACUUCUGUCUUGGGUUUAAGAAUCCAUAUCUUACUCUCCCUUAAUGCUCCUUAAAUGUUAAUUUGGAACUUCUUAACGUUUUUGGAAAGCCGUAAAAAACCAACCAUUGCAUAAGCAUGUAUCAGUAUGGUUACUACUGUGUAAGAAAACAAAACAGAUGCCUCCCAUGGUUACCAUAUUUGGAUUUGUUGCCACUUCAAUCAAUAAAUAGGAAUCUGGAUGGCAACUAGAAAAUAAUUAGUUACAGCACAUACAUCUCAAUCUUUGGGGAGUCCAGCUUGAAUAUUUGUUAAGCAGAUUUGUGUAGUCCAUAUACAUUCAUGGACAGAACUCAAAACUAUCUGCGACAUUAGCAAAAACUACAUAUCUUGCAAGCAAAUAACUUUUGCCAGUGUACUAUUAUAUGUGACAGAAUAUGAAAAAGUGACAAUUUUGUAUUUAAUUAUGCCAAAAAGACACAUCUGUAAAUUUCUCCUUCUAUGCUAUAUUAACACUCAUUCUAGUUAAAGCUUACCAAUGUCUAUCUGACCUGAUGUUUACUGAAAUAUAUGACUGUUUUAGACUUCCUUUUAUUAAGUGCAAAGGUGAAACUGACUGAAUUGCCUUAUCUCUCAAAUUCAAUUCACUGUAAAAAAAAAUUAAUCUCUGGCAAAUGUGCUAGUUUAGCAGCUGAACUGUAUCUGUGUAUAGAUCAAUGAGAAAUAUGAAUGAUUAAAAUAAGUGUACACUUAUGUUCAGAGGAUUUUAAUCUGCAAUAUAAUGGAAGCAGGUUGUUUACAAGAAGCUGGCCUUAACUAAUUAUCAGGCAUAUGCAACAAAACAUAUCAGCCUUCAACAUUUUGAACAUCAAAGACAUGUACUGCUGUAUCUGCAAAUUCACUGGAAGCUAUCAAUUUUAUUUUCACUUGAAGACUUCCAUAUAAUUGAAUGACUUAUAACUGUGCAAGUCCAUAAGUGUUUCAGGUACACAUGUGGGAUUAUUAUUAUUUAAAUUUAUAUCCCACCCUUCUUCCUGAAGGAGCAUACAGUGGUAAAAGUAACAAAACAAUUUAACAGCAACCAAAAAAGCAUUCUGAAAAACAGUUUAGUAUGUUCUGCUGCCUUGCUUCAGUUCUCUAGUCUUAUCUCCUUGGACCAAUAGUGGGGGGUCAGCUAUGCUUAGCCAACCUCAACUUCCACAGCGCUCAGUUGUGCUGAUUUAUGUUUUUGCAUUGCAGAUGUGUAGAGACCAAUGGGCCACGCAGGGAAGGAGCAACGCAGGAUUGGGGUUCUUCAGCACCAUAUUGUUCCUGUUGCUACAAUUCUAGCACUAUAAACAGCACUGAGACUACAGGGAGGGUUCCCAAACAUAUGUAACCAUAGAAUGAUUUUUAUUCCAGCUGGUAUCAGUACAAAAAUAGCCAACCAAAUAUUACUUCAGAAGGGAACAGGCUAUUAGCCUGCACUGAGAUAUCAAUACUGAUGUAAUUACCAUGGUUUCUUAUCCCUGGCUGCUCAAGGGGACAGACCACAGCAGAUCCUAAAUUCAAUCCCUAGUAUUUCCAGUUGUGUUCAUGUAAAAGAGCUCUGCCAGAGACCCUGGAGAGCUGCUGCCAAUCAGAGUAGAUAAUACUGAGUUAAAUGGUUGAACCUGGUACAAAGCAGCCUAAGAAACUGCCUUAUGCUGAGUCAGCCAUUAGUUCAUCUAGCCCAGACAAUGACUGGCAAUGAGUAUUCAGGGCUUCAGCCCGCGUUCUCUCCUACCCCUAUCUGGAGAUGCUGGGGAUUGAACCUGGAACCGUUUGAAUGAAAAGUAUUUUCAUGAGUAUGAAAAAGUAUGAGCUAAGGCGUUUCUUCUGUGUACCUAACAGGGCUAUUUUCGGUUAGGAAACAAAAACUUUUAUUUCAAUGUAAAUUAAAAAUUUCACUGGUCGGUUUUACAAUUAAAAUGCUGAACAUAGUAUUGGGAUGCUCCCUAGCCAGCUGUAAACAACCUGUUACCUUCAAGCUGUGCUCUGCAAGAUAAAUGUGUUCUUAAGUAGUUGAUGUGUGUACUUGUGCCUAAAUGCUUGUUAAUUAGUCUCUUCUGCUUUUUUGUGGAUACCUGGUUUGCACUUACUUAGCACACUAUUUGAAAUGGUCGAGAACACUGUAUUUUAGAAAGUUACACAAAUGGCCAAUAUCUGAGGUUGUUAACUGUGCACUUAAUAUGGUUUCUUUCUAGUGAUCCAUAGCAAACACAUGCUAGAACACUUAAAAAUGCAUUGUAAGAUCAGAUACUAUACAACAGUAUUCCAAAGGUCAAUGUUUUGUUAUAAUGCUUGAUAUACAUCUUGAAA